GCUGCCGAUGGGACGGGAUUGGAGCAGUUCGAUUUUUCAUCGACCCAAAGUCGCGACAUUUGUCCUUUGCCGUGCUUGGAGGAGCUACAGGUUCCCUCGAAGGUCCGUUCGCUCCUUGGAUGGUCUGCCACUUUGUCAGCAAGAGUCUUCGGGGGCAUCUUGCUUUGCGAUUAUGAAAACUGGCUGCUACAAGACGCCGGCGCGUGGGCAGAGCUGGCGGAAUCGGCGGCCAAGGUUCGACCAUACAACGACCCCAAUCUGCACAACAGAGAGUCCUACGUUGCUUUCUUGAAACAUUUUUGUGCCUGUGGUGUUCCAAGCCAGACGAGUUGCUGUAGGGGGCGAGUCGGGGCUUUCACCGUGGCCAAGAAGCCAAAAGUGGUUGACGGCAAAAAGCAGGAGCGGCAGCGGCUCGUGCUCGACUGUAGACAGGUAAACCUUCAAUUUCGACAGCCUCCACUCACGGAGCUAGGAUCUCUGGCGGCUCUCACGGAGCUGGAGCUGGGACGAGGCGAUAAGCUGUUUACGGCAGGCUCGGAUAUCCGGGAUUGUUUUUAUGCUUGCAAUAUGCCCGCCGGAAUGGAGCAGUUCUUCUGCCUGAUGAGUGAUCUCAGCGUGGAGGAGUGCUGCGAGAUUUUCGGAGGGUCAACAGUUGAUUAUAACAGCCUGGAUAGGCAGCGGUCCUUGGGCGAUGCCGUAUUGCGACAACGUGCACUGUCUUUCCACCAGCAGGGAGGAUAUGGGUUCUCUCUUCAUGAGGAUGAAGCAGCUUCUGUUGAGUUCAAGUCGGGGAUGGCCAUUUUUCGCAAGCUGUAUGACUUCGUGCAGGCCGGUAGUGAACCUCGAAGGCCUAAGCGAGCAGAGGCAGAAGAGUGUGAGAUAUUCAUAGGUUUGGUGCCGCUGCUCGUUGGUGAUAUUCGCAAGGAGUGGUCAGAGACAGUCACAGUCACAGAUGCGUCACCAAUGGGAUAUGGAGUUUGUGAGUCUAGACUUCCGUACAGCGAAGUUCAACAGAUGGGCAGGUGGAACGAAAGGUGGCGCUUUCGGCGGCUACCACCCGAAGAGUGGAAACCUCGACAGCGAGCCACAGGACUGUCCCCGAUCUUUGACCUGUGCACCGCCGGAGCGGGAUAUGAGUUCAACGAGUUUGACCAAUUUGAGCCAAAUCAAGACUUUCCCGAGAUUCCACAUAAGGUGUGCAAGGCUAGCCGGUGGCGUACAGUCAUGAUGGGGAAGUGGUCGGAGACAUCUGAACAUAUUACGUUGAAGGAGGGCAGAGCAUUGGUGCUGGCUUGUCGCCGUAUCUGUCGGAAUGUUUGCUCACGAGGUAGAAAGCAUCUGAUGUUAGUGGACAACCUUUCACUCGCAUUUAUUGCUUCAAAGGGUCGUGCAUCAAAUUUCGCUCAGCUCAGAGUGCAACAGCAGAUUAGCGCAUUAUCACUCGCUGGCGACGUUUUCUUCAGACUUCGAUGGUUGCCCUCAGAGGGCAACGCUGCUGAUGGCCCCUCGCGUGGUCAGAUCGAGCCGGGUUCUUUCAUGCCCCGUUGCCCGCCGGCCUGCGCAGAAAGCAUCGUCAAGGACUUUGACGGGACUAGUUGGGGCGGGGAAGAAGGCCUCCGCAGCAGUCAAGGUGGUUCGCGGCCUGAAGUCGGGCUCCGGGCCGAGCCGCCCUGCGAAAGCUCAGAGGGCGCUCGGAGCAGGUUCCUCCAAGAGGAUCUUUCGAAAGUCAAGAAGACGACGCUGAAGAAGGGGAUCACGUACCUGGAGUCGAAGAGCAUCUCGGAGGAGAUCACGGUGGCGUACGAGAAGUACUGUUCGAACUUCAAGAGUUUCUGCAAGGCUCAAGGGCAAAAGGGCAUCGGCCCACGGAUCGACGACCUGCUUGCCGAGUACUUGGACGAGCUCUUCAUGGACGGGAAGGGACUCAGCGAAGCCGAGAAGACCGUAGCCGUAGCCGCGGUAGAGUUCUUCAACUUGGGCGUGAAAGGGCACCUCCUUCGAAGCAAAAGAGCUUUGAAAGGUCUCACGCAGCUGGUCGAAGGGCGCUCGGAUUUUUUUGCGGAGCUGGCGAAGAGCGUCGGCUACGAGGUCCAGCGGCUGCUGCGCUUCACCUUGUUGGGUUACACCAACCCGCUCACGGCGGAGCUGGAGCAGAAAGCUCAGCAGCAGGUCUCCGAGGGCCUCAGGACCGUGCUCUCGCACCUGAGCACCUACGUGGACGAGGUCUUCACUGCCUCCAAGACUUCUCAGGAGGUGCCGUCUCAAGAUUUCGGGGGCCUGCAGCGGCAGCUUGAUGCCAGCAUUUCCCAGGGCCAGGAGUUGCAGGAGGUGCUGGCCAAGAGCGACCGGAAGCUCCUGAAGAGUACCCAGCUCCAGAACAAGCUGCGCUCCAUGUACCACCAGGAUCUUGAGGCUCAGCGUGCCCGGUUCAGGUAUCUCUUGUCGCGCUACCUCGAAUACUUCACACCGGAGGAUCUUGAAAUGGUACAUGACCUCAUGAACGUCCGCUUCUUCAACCCGGACUCUGCCUUGGACGAGGACACGGAGCAGCUGCUUCAGCGAAAGGCUGCAGCCCUGCAGGAAAGCUUCAACGCUCAGAAGGAGGGCCUCGUGCUGCAGCUGGCGGCGCUGAGCCGGGAGGAGACGGCGAUGCGGCAGAAGUUGGCCCUGGAGCAGAAGAAAGUCCGGCUGCUGCAGGCGCGCGUGGGCGAGGACGUGGACGUCGACGACCUCGAGGAGGCCCCGAAGGACACGGCGACUCACGAGGAAGACUCGGCGGGAAGGAGCCACAUGGCCUUCAUCAAGAUUACAGCCCUCGAGGACGCCUUGCAACAGCAGGCUUCCUGGCUUCAAGACUUGGACCGGAAAGACAAGAGCGAUGCACUGCAGCGAUUCCAGGCGCCGCACGUGCGCAGAGCACUGCUUGAGCUAUGCUUCAGCUGUGAUGCGGUCCUGCUGCGACUUUGCCUUGAGAAGGCGGCAGCCGCAAAGGCGGCGCUCGAUGGGGCCCGGGUGGUGUCCGAGGAGCUCUUGGAGUCCUCGCUGGAGCGGCAAAGGGCCGACCUGGCCGAGAACUUCGCGAAGAUCGAGGAGAGCAAGAAGGAAGUUGCUGAGAAGGAGUUGGAGACGAUGACGCAGGAGUUGGCGCGGCUGCGCAGCGAGGUGGAGAAGGCGAAGAAGGAGCGGCUGGCGGUCUCCGCAGGCGGGGAAGAGGAAGAGGGCCAGCUGGAGCUGACCCGGGAGCUGAGUCGGACGAAGGAGCUGCUGCAGCAGAAGAGCCGCAGCUUGCAGGAGAAGAGCCAAAGCCUCCGAAAAAUGGCCAAGAAAGUCGAGCGCCUGCAGGCUUUGCAAAAGAAGGAUGGAAAAAACAGCGGGCAGACGAAGAGCGAAGGCGAGGGCGUUCCUUCCGAGACCUCUCCGAGGGAGGGGGAAAGUUCCGAGGAGGAGCCAGCGGAGCCAGCGAACGCGGAAGACGGGGACGGGCAAGAGUGGGGAAACCCGGACGGGGACCCUUCGGAGAACAGCGCCAGCGCGAGCCCUGCUCCUUCGGCCGACUCGGCUGAGAGCGAGAGGGAGGGCCGGGAGGGCAGCGGCAGCAGUUCUCCGGCGAGACCGGGAGAGGCGGCAGCGAUGCACGGGCAAGGGAGCGCGUCGGAAGCCGCGGCGGAGGAAGCGGCUCCGAGCGAAGCGAGCGAAGCGGUUCCGAAGCCAAGGGAAGUCCUCCCGGCUUCGGAAGGAAGCUGCGAGGCAGCCGACUCUGCCCCCAAGCAGUCUGCGGGCCCGGGCUCGGAAGAAGGUCGGGCUGCAGAGGCCUCGUCCGCAGAGCCGAAGGCAGAGACGGAGACGGAGGCGGAGGCGGAGGCCGCGGAGGCGGCGGCUCAGAACGCACACCCAGAGGCUCUCGCCGCGACGGCCAGCCCGCAGGCUUCCAAGAGCCCUCGCCGAGCGGUGUCAGCAGGAGAGAUGAGAGAGAGCGCUGGUCAGCUGGAAAGGGCUGAAGAAUCCUGUCUCCUUGCGCAGGAGUGCAGACCUGCGAGGAUCUCUGGACCCUUGGCCCAAGAGAAGCCGCGGAGGAGACGGAGACGAGGUGCGGCGCCCGCGGAGCCCGCGGAGCAGGCCGCCCAGGCCGCCGCGCGCGCUGGCAGCGAUGGGCAGCUCGCGGAGCUCGCCAACCUCGGAGAGCUCGGAGAGCGGCCAGAAGGGCUUAAGGCUCAGAG